CGCGACGACCUGCACUCGGGCGCGGCGUUGCACCACCGGCCGCCCCACCUGGGCCCCCCGCACCAGGGGCACCCGGCGGCCUGGGGGGCGGCGGCGGCGGCCGCCCACCUGCCCUCCAUGGCCGGCGGGCAGCAGCAGCAGCAGUCGCUCCUCUACUCGCAGCCGGGGGGCUUCACGGUGAACGGCAUGCUGAGCCCCCCCCCCGGCGGGCAGAGCCUGGUGCACCCGGGGCUGGUGCGCGGCGAGACGCCGGAGCUGGGCGAGCACCCCGGGCACCACCACCACCACCACCACCAGCACCCCGGGCACCACCCGCCCCACCACGGCGGCGUCAACAGCCACGACCCGCACUCGGACGAGGACACGCCGACCUCCGAGUUCAAGCAGCGCCGCAUCAAGCUGGGCUUCACCCAGGCCGACGUGGGCUUGGCCCUGGGGACCCUCUACGGCAACGUCUUCUCGCAGACCACCAUCUGCCGCUUCGAGGCCCUGCAGCUCAGCUUCAAGAACAUGUGCAAGCUGAAGCCGCUGCUGAACAAGUGGCUGGAGGAGGCCGACUCCUCCACCGGCAGCCCCACCAGCAUCGACAAGAUCGCGGCGCAGGGGAGGAAGAGGAAGAAGCGGACCUCCAUCGAGGUGAGUGUCAAGGGGGCCUUGGAGAGCCACUUUCUGAAAUGCCCCAAGCCCUCCGCCCAGGAGAUUACGAACCUAGCGGACAGCCUGCAGCUGGAGAAGGAGGUGGUCAGGGUUUGGUUUUGCAAUCGGAGGCAGAAAGAGAAACGGAUGACCCCCCCGGGGAUCCAGCAGCAGACCCCCGACGAUGUCUACUCCCAGGUCGGCACCGUCAACUCCGACACGCCGCCCCCUCACCACGGACUGCAGACCAGCGUGCAGUGAGGGGCACCGCGGGCGGGCCGGGGGCGCGGGGGGCAGCGGAGGGGCCGGCACCGGGGCCGGGGCAACCG